GACGCCAAUGGACACAUUUCUGGCAACAGCACCCUCGAAGACAUUCAGCAAGAACUCCAGGACUAUAUGGAAGCAAGUGACGAAGACGAGGAGGAUGACGACUUUGACGACUUUAACGAGGCCAAUGAUGACGGCGACAGCGAUUUUGGGUCGUUUGAUGAUGUUUCUUUCGAAAACGACCUGCUGCAACUACAACCAGAGCCUGCUGCGACAGACCAAGCAGCUUUCGACGAACAGGUGCUUGAGGACCCACAGUUGUUUCAGGAAAGGCUCGAGCUGGUUUUGGACACAAUUUUCCCCCAGGCGACGGCAAAAGAAGAUCAUGCGUCGUCUUCCAAUGCAUUCCUCUCCGACAGAUCUCUCGAGAUAUUCACAGAGUUGGCGACGUUGCCCCAUUUAAAGCCACCCAAUUGGAAAAAACUGAAGAUACGUCACAAUUUGUUGAUCAAAUUGGGCAUACCCAUCAAUUUGGAUGAAAUAUCAGACGAUAAACACGACACCGACAAAAGGUCCCACCUUGAAAUCAAACAUACCCACCAAAGGAAGAAGUCCAUAAAUGCAGAUGACAUAAAUUGGGACGGAUUUGAUAUUCCUGAGUUUGAAUCGUUGAAGCUCACAGGUGAAGAGAAGGUCAACUUAUUGAACUCUACGUCCCAAACGCUUUCAAGAAUAGAACGAGACAAUUUGAACAACUCCACCAGGCAAUAUUUGGAAAGCUCCAGCAGUGACGAUGCAUUGGACUCAAAACUCAAGCAAUUCCAGGCUAAUUACGAUGAGUUGUUGACCCUCAGCAGUAUCUGGAAUGGCCACUUGAAGGAUUUGCGAAACAACUUCGACAUCUACGAAUCGGUAGUUCAAAACUUCAUAGGUUACAGUCAAAAGUUACGAAGAGAGGAAAUAUUGGAAAACUUGAAGAAGGUGAAGCAUAAGGGUAAGAAAUCGAAAAGGCUCUGGUAA